AUGGAUCCAGCCCAGCGUCAAGCAGAAAUUGGUGUACAAUGCCAGGUAUAUCAACCGCUGAUCCAUCAGCAGACAAGAGCUCUUCGAGUUCAUCCUUCGGCUGACUCCGAUGUCGAGAUUGAAUGCGGCCUGUUCACGAUUGACCUCAAAAAGAACUCAGGCGCAAUAGUCGCAGGAACCUCUAAGAAGGCCGGAGACACCAUCGGACAGGACUUGCCAUCCUGGGCUAUCGAUCUGCGUCAGAACGUUACCCGCUUGAUGCUUCGAUUCGGCGCAUUCCACUUUGACAUGCCUUAUACGGUGCCUCCAGUGCAGGCAUAUGAUGACUAUGGGCUUUUGCGUCUUGAGGGAGCCCGAAUUGGAGUUAUCGCCUUGACAGAGAGUCCUUGGAAAGGCGGAAUGCACCGGGAGUUCAACUCUGAGAUUUUGGGAUCUUACUCUUCAGGGGUAAGACUGGAAAGCUGUUAUUCGAGCCAUGACUGGUUGAUUCCUGAUGAUCAGGGCAACAAAAGAAUCGAAGAGAUAUACCAAAUUCUUGAGAAGCGCUACUCGUUCAAAUGGGCAGCCUUGGAACCUAGGACCAACGAUGUUAUCGAAGAGUACAAUCUAACUCGACAUCGCUGCCUAGUAUUUGUGUCGCAUCUGGUGCGAGAGGGAGAUAUCAUGAUUCAUCUGUCAGGUGCUGAGAUGCCUUUCGUCUUGCGGCCAGAUACAGAAGCAGGACGCUUUAGCUUUCUAGGUCCAGCUAUUAUCGCGAUGGGAGUGGUAAGGAAACUAAAGGACAGGGAUAUGUUCACAUACGCCUUUCCUCGCCGCGGAAGUGGUUGCGAUGUGGACUCGCCCGAGAGCUUUGUGCUUAUCUAA